AUGGAGUUGAAGCGCUCCAUCUCGGCCAGCAUGGAAGCGGAAAAGCCCCCGAGGCGCUACGGGGCUGUGGAGGAGACGGAAUGGCGAGCGGACGGGCUGGGGAGAACUCAGCCGGACGUCGUCUCAAUGGCUGAAACCACCAUGAUGCCGGAGGAGAUAGAACUAGAGAUGGCCAAGAUCCAGAGGCUUCGGGAAGUCCUGGUCCGAAGAGAGUCUGAACUCAGGUUUAUGAUGGAUGACAUCCAGUUGUGCAAGGACAUUAUGAACCUUAAGAAAGAGCUGCAGAGUUUAGUAGCGGUGCCAGAAAAAGACAAGACGAAGCUGCAGAAGCAAAGGGAAGAUGAAUUGAUUCAGAAGAUUCACAAACUGGUGCAAAAAAGAGACUUUCUUGUCGAUGAUGCAGAAGUGGAGCGAUUAAGGGAAAAGGAAGAAGACAAGGAGAUGGCGGAGUUCCUCCGGAUCAAGUUGAAAACUUUAGAUAAAGUCGUUCGAUCUCCUACCAGUACGCCCACAGAGAAGAAGGCGGAACCUCCUCCGCUCCCGCCCGACAAACCCACCAUCGCCAAGACAGGAAUCGCUCUGAUCAAGGAUUGCUGUGGGGCUGCCCAAUGUGCCAUCAUGUAG